AUGGAAUUCCAACGAGCUAUGCAUGGUGGUGGAGAAGUUUUAGUUAGCUCCAAUGAAAACACAGCACGUAUUGGUCACCACAAACGUACUUCCGACUUGGUGUCAGAUGCUUCUAGCACUAACGCGGUUCUACAUAGGAAGGGAAUAACCUCUACGACAGAAGCACAACAUUCGAUAAGUUCUACAGCUGCUGCUCAACGUAAAAGUAUAAUAAAUCUCAGUGACCGCGGUGAAUAUAUAAGCAAUUCAACCCAUAGUGCUGAUAGAAAAAGUAUUAGCUCCAUGCACCGAUCAGGUCGGGAUAACGCUGUAUCAUCACACAGCUCUGAAAAUGUCGAUGUGAGACGUCAGCAAAAGAGAGAUGGUGAAUCUACUUUGAUUAUCGAGCGUCAACCUAGAGUGGUAUCGAGAGACAAUCUGCGAGUUGGUGGUGAAUUUUAUGGUCAUUCUGAAGCCCGUUCCUACGGUAACUUUUCGAGGUCCGACCACACCGCGAGAUCUGAACGCACAGAAAGAGUAGAGCGGCAGACGAGGACUGGUACAACAUCGCAUUUCGUAUUAGGAGAUGGCAGUUCAAGCUACAAGAGAGAAUACACAACGCAUGUCCAUGGCACUUGUCCUGCCACACUGAUUGAAUCUCCCCGCACCCCGUUCAAGCAUACACGCGAUUCUCGCGAGCACAAAUUUUAUACGGCGAAAAUAACUCAGCAAAAGUCAUAAAAAGUACUAUAUAUCUGAAUAACUUUCCUAACAACAAGAAAAUAUCAUUCCUCACUUAUUAUUGCUAUAAAAAUAUAAAGAUGUAUUUAUUAAAAGUUAACAAUACUAGUCUUAAGAAUUAUAUCGUUGUGCCUCCUAAUUACAUAAUCGUUUAUGCAUAAUAUUGAUAAAAAAUGUAAUAUUCGUAACAUUUAUAUGUAUUGCUAUAUUUUUCUUUUUUUAAACAUUGCCAUGUAAUAAAUUUUAUAUUUAAUA